CAGCGGCCGUGUUACAAUCGGUGUCUACUUAACUUCAUUCCCACGCCGCUUCUUGUGUACAUUUCUGUUGUGAAGUCCUGACCAGAAAGCACGGCGGGAUUUCCUGCAAGAAUGCCCAGCGAAAUUGAAUGCAGUUUGUUGGUUGUCAUUAUUGAUACCAACCCAGUAUGGUGGGGUCAGUGUUUUCUUGAAGAAAACUCACAGUUUAACAUAUUCCGGUAUUUAGACAGCAUGUUGGUUUUUGUCAACUCCCAUCUCAUGAUGAAACCAGCCAACAAAUUAGCCAUCAUCGCAGCACACAGCAACAAAAGCUACUUCCUGUACCCAAAGGGCAAAGAAGAGGAACCAAAAGUGGUAACCAAUGAGGUGAACGAAGAGAACGGCACCACCACAGUUGCUAAUGUUACUCCUCGACCAUUAAACGACGGCCGUUACGAACUUUUUGCCCAGGUUGAUGAUCAAAUAACUGAACAGUUAAAGAAUCUUAUGGUUGACCAAGAGGUUGGCCAACUUUAUUCUGACUCUGUAGUCGCUGGUUCCAUCGGCAUGGCACUUUGCUUCAUCAACCGAAUGGAGAAGGAGCUUCAUCUUGGUGACAAACUUUCCAGUCGGAUCAUGAUAAUGAAAGGAUCUCAGGAUAACCCAGCCCAAUAUAUGAACUUUAUGAAUACUGUUUUCUCUGCUCAGAAACAGAAUGUCAUCAUAGACAGUUGUAUCUUGGGAGAGGACUCCAGUCUGCUACAACAGGCAUGUGAUAUUACUGGUGGCACCUACCUCAAGUUACCCACAGUCUCCGGCAUCUUACAGUAUCUACUGUGUGUCUUUCUUCCUGAUCCUCAUGUUAGACAUAAACUGUCUCUGCCAGCGAGGGUUCAAGUUGAUUACAGGGCUGCUUGUUUUUGCCACCGGAACCUCAUUGAUAUUGGUUACGUGUGCUCCGUUUGUCUGUCAAUUUUCUGUUCCUUUAGUCCGAUUUGUUCCACUUGUCAAACUACAUUCAAAUUCCUUGGACCUCCGAAAAUAUUGAAGAAAAAAAUUCGGAAAAACAACACGUGAAAUACCAUUGUACAUCGAACAUGAAGUUCUUGAACACUUGUUUGGACAUAUACAUACAUACAUACACAUAUAUAUAUAUGACAAGCUUCUUUCAGUUUCCGUCUACCAAAUCCACUCACAAGGCUUUGGUAUUUAUAUAAAUCUCUGUUGAUUGGUCAGAAGCGAUGUCACUCAGCACACUGCCUCAUGAAGGUCACUGCACACACAACCAUGUGCUGCCAUCUGUUGGCUGGCUACAGAACUAGUCCGGAAACGUUUUGAUACCACCUCGUAUAAGGUGUGUAUGUGUGUGUCAUCGUCUUCUUGUCUUUCUGCAUUGAGAUCAUUUGGGAAGGAAGCAUUGAUGUUUGUCUCUGUUUUACAAUUUGGUGAUUCAGCAUUUGAUGACAUAGAAUUACUUGAAAAACGUAGGUUUGCAUCUGAAGAGGGCAACUGACCAUAGAAGACUGUCUCAAGAAGUCCUGACUAACUCAUGCUAGCAUGGAAAAAAAAAAAAGAAUUAAACUCGACAUAAAAAUAACAGUGAUGAUGAUGAUGGUGAGGCUAUAAAAAUGCAAAACACAAAAUCUAAGAAUAAAUUUUUAUUAAAAUAACU